UCAGAUAUAACAACUCCUUGAAGCAAUUAUAAUUUUCUUUUAAUGUUUAUAGAUUAGCUUAUUGAUAUUUUAUUUCAACAUUGAAAUGAUUUUGGUAUUUGUGGUACCUUUCCAUAUAUUUUGGCUUGAUAACAGUCGGCGAAGAGCAUGUUCCCUUCCAACAAACACAGGUAUUGUUUGAUCAAUUAAACAAUUUCGUGUGCAUAAAUGGAACACAAAUGUCUACUUCGUGUGCAGUAACCUAGCGUUCCAGAUAUCAGUAUUCUCUGUUAAUGCGUUCAACGUGUCCACACAGUCUGCACAUGGAAUAUUGACAAGGUCCCAGCAAACACAUGGUGUCAUCAUUGAUUUUCAAUUAUCCAUUUUAAUUUUCACCGCUAUUUCUGACCUUCCCGCCAAAUGUAAUUUAUUAUUUUGAAAAUUGCUAUCGGAAACUGGUUUAACACUGACAAUGACGUUUCGUAUGUCUACAACAAUGGUUGUUUACGACAUGGGUAUUGGCUGAUUACAACAUUUUGUGGUACAAAGCACUAAAUAAUAUGUGUAUGCCUGUAAUGUCUGCUUUUUCUUGUCAUGGAUAGUUAAUAUUGACCGGGCCACGCAUUUCAGCUAGAGGUAAUGUUGUUAAAGUGGUAUUUUAUUCAGGAAACAACUGUUAAAAUUAGUUACCUGAACAGACAACUAAGUAUUGAUAUUUCCCUUUAAAAUAACACACACACAUGUCUAACAAACAAAUCUUCGUGUUUACCGUUAGAGCCAGACGCGAAUUGUCUUUAAAUAGUCUAUGUGGCUGUCGUAUACAUAAAAACAGAUAAAUGUUAUUUACAGUACUGUGUGGAAUUGAAAUGAUGAACGUGUUCAUUAGAUAAGGUACUAUUCAAAACAAUAUGCAAUAUAAGGUGUUGAAGAUCUUUAGUUGACUUCAAAAUUAUGGUUUUACACGUGCACAUACACUUUGCUGCGUCAUAAAUUACAUAUAUUUCACAUUAUUUUGUUAUUUUCAAAUACCAAUAUUGAAAAACCAUCAACAGACACUACAAAAUAUACUAAUCAGUUCAUAAUGAACAGUUUGUAUUUGGACUGUUCUAUUUGAAAUGUGAAUACUUUCGACAGGCGACAUAUGUAACUGUAAGACUGUUGAAUUAGUGAAAAGGAGAUCAAACAGACGACUGAAACUACGGGCGGUACCAGGUUAUAGAUGCUAUGUUAUGGACAAGCCCUAAGUAAUACAAGCCUACUACUUUGGUAAAACCCACGAGUACGGGUGUGGUACUGACACAACUAGAAAGUUAAUGACGACGAUCGAUUAUAUAUGUUUCUUGCACGCCUAAGGGGCUUCAACAGUGAAUUGAGGCGUCUCAGGCAUCUGUUCGACCGUAACACUAUGAAGAUAAAUUAUACAAAGUUCAGGCAGGGUACAGAUCGGCCUGAAUAGGCUCGUUGGCGCUGAAAGCUCUCGACUUGAAAUGGAUUACUUUACUCCAAGUUCUUUAUGUACACAUGUUGUGACGCACAAUUUGCACCUAACAUCGAUUGUGUUGUUGCACACUGCACCCAAGAAAUAAGACGCUCAGCCUAUCCUUGAAUAAAAUACAAGGACUAUCUCAGCGGUGUAUGUUCACGUUUAUAAAUAAUAAACUGAUCAGCUGACGGUAAGUUAUACCGGCAUGUGUCAUGUAGGUAGCGACGUGAGACAUAAGUGUAUGCUAUCACGAUGGAGCGCACCCCUAAACGAGCAAUGAAGAGACACCUUGAGGAAAAAACAGUGGACAGUGGACAUGGAACAGAUGAUGAAGACUGUCCAAAAUGCAAGACGAUUGUUAGUGGCAUCAAAAGCUCGCAAUGUGUGCUAUCAAUGCAUGUUGACAUCAGAAGCAUCUGUCCGUCAAAGACUAAAGAUUCAUCAGGAAGUCUGUGCUCGAAGGCAAGCUCGCCAAAGAAAGGAAAACUGGACAGACAACAGGAUCGUGAACAAAGUGAAAAACAAAAGAAAGAAAAACAAAAGAGAAAAAACAAGGAAAGGGAUCGUAUUUUUGAGCGUAUCUGUGCACUGAGAAACUCAAGGGGUGGCAUAUUGCUCAUAAACUUUACACAUAUGGACGACAGCGACCAGUUUCUUGGGCUAGUGGAUGAACUGAUUGAUGACAGGUUAAAUGAACUAAUUGAGGAUGGAAGCAUAUUCCAUGAGAGUUAUUUCAGAGACUGGGAGAAAAAUGAACCCAAUUGUCUCUCCAUUACGUGCAACCCUUCAUCAACUAUUUCUACCACAAACUACAAGACACACAUCAACCUCAAUAAAGGCUUUGCUCGACCCACAAUUUUAAAUAUGCGUUACAUCCUGAGUAAAGACAGAUCAUGUCGCGAAUAUAAGGAGAAGUCACUUGACGAACUGCAAGAGGCAAGCAACGUGCAACUAAAGUCCUUCCGAAAUGCACAAAAUGUGGAGAGGGACAAUUGGGCACUCCACAUCAUGAAGGAGCUUCGUCUGAGGGAAUUCAUUUCAUCCUUUGCAAACCAGCAAGGAGGUGGGUACUAUUUCCUAGGAGUUGCUGAACAAGAAGACCGAGAAAUAGACACCUACAACACAAGAAAGGUGUCCAUUGAAGGAUUUGAAUUGAACAAAAUACAUCAUGAGAAACUCAAAUCAGAAAUACUGGACCAAAUUGUUUCAAAGAUGUUGUUUCUUAAGCAGGAUAUAUCCACUAUUGACCGAGAUGCGAUUGCAAAGACGCUGAAAGUUACGUUUCACAAAGUCAGAGGUCAAGCACACACCUUUGUCCUUGAGGUAUGCGUGCAUCCCUUCAGUGGAAUUGUGUUUUUCGACAGAGAUGGUCCGGAGUCAUACCGUAUUGAUGAGAACAACUGUAUCCAACGUGUUGAAUCACAGGAAUGGUGUCACAAGAUUUUUGAAAACAUUGCAUGGUAAAUAAUUGAAAUCAAUUAUCAGAUGUUAAUUGAAUCUUUUGAUGUAAGUGUCAACGGUUUUUUUCGGUGGACUUCAGAAACGUCGAGCUCUGUGUGACGUGCUGUGAUAAGGUUCUAUGUUGAGACUGCCCUUUUGUAUUUUAAUGCUUACAUACACUAAAUGUUUAAUUCACUCGAAGUGUUAGUUACAAAAAACAUUUAAUAGCCUUGGCCCACCGCUUAGGGUGAAAUACUAGCCGAGUUAGGGUUUUCUACUCUGUCGUCCGCGCUUUGACGAAAAAUUCCCGGACUUGACCCCAGUUUGUUAUGAUGCGUCGGUGCCCGGCGAAGGUUCAAGCUGUGCAGACACAAGCUGGUCCAUGAAGCUGUUUAGACUGGCAUCGUGGCAACUUAUACCUGUGUAUAUUUAGACCGGGUUUUAAUAUUAUAUACUGAACCGCAAAAGAAACGUCGCCAUGGAUAGAUAUGAGAAACCUUAUUUGUCCAAACACUGUAAACAUAUUUUGAGACAUAUCAAAAAGAUGAAACUUGG